AUGUUAAAAAUGUUUAAAAAGCAAGUACAAAAUAAACCCAAAAACUUCAAAUUUUGUAAAUCUGGGUUUAUUUUGUCAUCAGAAACUUUAAAUGAGUAUGAAUACAUUAAAAAACUCUUUUUCAUUUCUGUUUCUAUUUUUACUAGAACCACAUCGAAAAGUAAUGGAAUUGAAGAAAUAAAACGACUUUUAUUAUUUUAUGAGAAAUCUGAUACACUAAUGUGUAGCUUAAUAGAUGAAUUUUUUUCAAAAAGAUUUAUAGAAUCUAUCGACAGGAGGUAUGCUUUAUUUGAAAUAUUAGAUAAAAUAUUAAGAAUGUUUUACGUGUUUGACAAACUUAGAUUAAAGGCUGUAAAACCUUUUCAUAAUUUUUCUUUUUUUAAGAUUAAAAAUAGAUCAUGCAUUAGUGAAAGAGAAAUUAUAAAAUUAAGUACAUUUGCAAGUAUAGCUAUGCCAAUGGCGAGAUUAUUUAUUUCAUAUUUUAGUGCUGAGGAUUUUGAGAUUUUUCAUCCUAUGAUUUUAAAAAAGAGAACUACUUUAUUUAUUGGAGACACAAAAAAGGGAUAUUUAAAAUAUAUUUGUGCAAUUUUGGUAGAGCAUACUAAACUUAAGUAUCUUAAAAUAUUUAUGUGCGCAUUAUAUGAAAAAUUGAAUAAGGACAGCACGUUUGAUAUUUUUUAUGAGCAACUAAACUCUAAAGAACAGGAGUACUUUAUAGAUUUAGUUAAUCUUUUGUAA